UGCAGAUAUCAGAGCUUUGACUGUUCAAUAAUUUCAGUUUUUGUUAUACCAUAAUUUAUUCUGCUUUGAGUUUUCUCCAAUGAAGAUUACUUUUAAGAUGUGAAGAUUUCGUUUCAUGAUGACCUCGAUUGUUUGAUAUAGUUUCGUGUAGAUGCAGUAAAAUAGGAAUUUGAAUUUAUUUUCGUAGAGAAUUUCAGCAAAAAAUGAAUGUUAUAUUUUAUUACAAAAACAAACAGUACCGUGUAGCUACGUUUCUAUGUAUCAUGGUAGCUCUUUCUUACAUGGUGAUUUGUUAUAAUGCUGAAUAUUCUGACGGUUUUGAAAGACUGGAACAAGGUGUUUUACAUAUGCCAUUGAUAGAAGAGGAAGAAUCCACCCGGAUUGAACCGAAUUGGGAAAGCAUUGACAAAAGACCGAUACCAAAAUGGUAUGAAGAUGCGAAAUUUGGAAUUUUUAUUCAUUGGGGAGUGUAUUCUGUUCCAAGCUUCAAAAAUGAAUGGUUCUGGUACGGAUUAGAGAACAGAAGGUCAGUUUUUGUUGAGUUUAUGAAGAAGAACUAUCCACCAAAUUUCACAUACCAGGAAUUUGCUUCGGAGUUAACUGGGGAGUUUUUUAAUGCAACGCAAUGGGCAGAAAUAUUUGAAAACUCAGGAGCUCGGUACAUAAUAUUUACCAGCAAGCAUCACGAGGGUUAUACGAUGUGGCCAUCUAGCUAUUCUUAUAAUUGGAACUCCGGAGCUCUUGGACUGAAACGCGAUGUUGUGGGAGAAUUGGCAGAAGCUGUAAGAAGUAAAACGAAACUCCAUUUUGGUCUAUAUUACUCACUUCUGGAAUGGUUUCAUCCACUUCACCUCUCUGAUAUAGCUGCUGAUUUGAAAACUCAACUGUUUGUUGACCAGAAACUUAUACCAGAGAUGAAAGAAUUGGUCAUCAAAUACAAGCCAGAAAUCUUCUGGUCGGAUGGUGGUUGGUUCCAGCCUCAUUCUUACUGGAAAUCGACCGAAUUUCUUGCCUGGUUGUACAAUUCGAGUCCUGUCAAAGACACAGUCGUUGUCAACGAUCGAUGGGGAACUAAUAUGGAUUGUCAUCAUGGCGGUUAUUUAACCUGUCGUGAUCCUGAUGAGCUCCUCUCAAGAAAAUGGGAAAAUGCUAUGACAAUAGAUAAGUAUGCCUGGGUCUUCAGAAGAGAAGCUAAUAUCAAAGAUUUUCUGACUAUUGAAGAAAUUCUCACAACAAUUGCACAAACUGUCAGCUUCAAUGGUAAUAUAGCAUUGAAUGUUGGUAUAACUAAGGAGGGCACAAUUAGCCCAAUUUACCAGGAAAGAUUAGCAGAUUUGGGAAAAUGGUUGAAUAUCAAUGGACAAGCCAUUUAUAGCACUCGACAUUGGAGCCAUUGUCAGAGAGAUUCAAUGGCGGAGAAAGUCUGGUACACAGCGAAAGCUAAAGGAUACAAAACCGACGUAUUCGCUAUAGUUCUAGAAUGGCCCAAAGUCGGCUACAUCGACCUUGGCUGUUUACAAGCAAAGAUUAUUGAAACCAUAUCAAUGCUUGGAGUUCAAGGGAGUUUGAAGUUUGAGCCUCAAGCAGCAAGUACAAGGAUAUACUUCCCUAACAAAGUAAACACCAGUAACGAUUGGGCCUGGUGUCUGCUAAUAUCAUAUUAUUAAUUCGAUAAUAUCACUUUGUUGAUUAUGAAUAUGAAUAAAUUGCAUUGUAUGAUAAGCUUAUAAUAUAGUUUUUAAAACACAUUUUAUCAAUUCAAAGAUGUGAGCCUAUCUUGUGAGAUAAAUCAGUAUUAUCAUGUAGAGCAUUAUUCAGGAGGCUACCUCAAUAAAUUGAGUUCAUGUAAUAUGUAGGUACUCCAACAUCAGUAUUCAUCAUUGAACUUGUGCUUAUUAAAUUUGGUGAAUUUCAAUCACCUUUUUGAAGAAGGCGAACAAACCAAUAUUAUUUACGAUAAACAAAUAACACAACCUAAAGAAGACAACACAAAUAGCUCAGCCUUCCGUGCUUCCGUGGUUUUCAUACCAAUUCUUGUGUUUAUCCCAAUUCCAAUAUAAUUAUGCACUUGUUUUGUUCAA